UGCAUCGACUAACCUGUCAAAAAUUAACAAUAUUAUUAUAAAUUACUUAACAUUCAAUUAUUCUUACACUUACCAUUUCAGGAUGGACGACGAGGUCUUCCCAUGCGAAUACGAUCCGAAGGCGUGUCCGAGUCCUCCGCCGCAGAAGAGCCGCCUGUUCACGAUCCUGCUCCUUUACUGCUGGCAGCGGGAGUACGACAAGCGACCCUACAGGGCGUUCCAGUUCAGCCGGCUGAAGUUCGAGGAGCGGAUGGGUCGGAAGUUCCACUGCAUCCGCGACUUCCGGAUCAUCGUCAACUACCUCCUGCGACGCCCCCAGCUGUCGGUGAGCAUUACUGGUGUGGUGGUCAGCAACUGGGAUCCCGGCUUGCUGAAGGACUUUGUCCGCGCCCUAAUUCCCGUGUGGUACGUCGAGCUGAAACUGAUGCGUUUCCCCAAUGAGUUCUUCGUGAUGCUUUGUCUUAAUGCGGCCAAAAUGAAUGUCAGCCAUCUGAGCCUUGAAGGAACACCAUUAACCGACGAGGAUGUGCGGAUCUUGCGGGAGUUCCUGCUGGUCAGCAAGACGCUCCGCCGGCUAAACGUGUCCAGCUGCAGCGUGACCCAGUACAACUUUGCCCUGAUCGCCGACGGGGUCCACAAGUCGGCGGGAGUGCGGCGCCUAUGCGCCUCCCGUUUGCUGGGAGGAGGUCUGACCUUGGACACGGAGAAGAUCACCUCGGUGCUGGGAUCGCUGCUGAUGCAGAACUCGCUCUGGGGCCUGGCGCUAGAGCAAUGCGAGCUGACCGCCCAGGACAUGAUUCCCAUUGCCGACCACCUGGCCCUGACCAAUUCGAAUUUGAAACGUCUGCGGAUCGCCUGCAACAAGAUCGGUCCAGAUGGAGCCUUUUUCCUGCUGCGCGGAAUGUCCAUUGGCGGUCGUCUGGAGCUGCUGGACAUCAGCUGCAACUCCAUCGGCACCCAUGGUGGCGAGUGGGUGGCCAAGUUCCUAACCUCGUGCCGCAAACUGCAAAAACUCCAUCUCAACUACAAUGAAAUGCAGCCGGAGGCGGUGAACCUCAUCCUGCUGGCCAUGAAAAAGCAGUGCAAGCUGGAGCGACUGACUUUGUAUGGCAACACGUUCGACUCGCGAACCGCGAUGAUUGUGCGCCGCUUGCUGGACGCCCAGGUGGUCCUCCACUCCGAGAUGGACAUCAGUUACACCUACGACGAGCACCUGCAGGAUUACCGGGUGGUGCCAUGGAGAUAGCAUUGGGCUCUUAAAUUGUUAGUUCUGUUUACGAGUGAAUAAAUAAACUUCCGUCAUUAUGAAAUCAA